AUGAGGUACGUAAUGUAUCUCCAUCGCGUCGGCGAACUGCCAGUAUACUUUGCCGACAAGUUUUUCCUGCACAAACCACCCAAGCGAUCGCAGUCGCCCGAAUGCAAGUCUUUUGCGAGUGUCGACGUCGCGCCAGACGCCGCCGUCGUCGUGUCCAAACUGCCGGAUCUGCUCCUGAGCAUGACGCCCGAGGUGCUGCAUUUCAAACAAGCCCCACUCGCGUCAUCCCCCACGGCGGACGAGAACAACCGACCACCAUUGCGCCCCAACGACAUCGUUGAAUUGGCCUCGGCCGACCUAUUUUUGAACAAUGUGUCGCUCGUCCACCAUCUCGUCGUCUACGUCAUUGUUUCCAAGUCCAUGCAAGUGCUGGGAAAAUCCCUUGUGGCCGUUCCAGGGGACAUCCAGCAGCGUAAGGGCGCGCAGCCGCCGUCGUUUGGGUGA